UGCCUUCACUAUAGUAGUUGAAAGGGAUCAAAUGCCAAAACAAAGUUGUAUUAAUCGCAAACGUUUGUAAUUACCGUUUAUAUGGUUUAAUAUUAAAAUAUAUACUAUAGUAAAUUAAAAUAAUAUGAUAACAGUAACAGUUUGCAAUAUCAAGAAGCAAAAAGUUUUUGUACAACUAAAAUAAAUGGAAGCGGAUGAGACUGAAAGCCUCGACACAAUCAAGUUACAACGGUCUCGUCCGCUCUUAAGAAUAUUCCAAGAAAACCUUUUUAUUUUAUUAUUCAUUUUUUUAACGAUUUGAAUGAUAAUUCAUUUUUAUGAAAUGCCAAUCAACACAAAGAAGGUGGUACUUUACUCGGAUUGGCUAAUCCUAAAACAAAUUGUGUAAUGUAAAUAUUUAAUUAUUGCUUUAUUUCAUAGUUUAAUUUUUGAAGACUUUGCAUGUGCAGCGUUAUUCACAAUGUUCUCCCCUCCCACUGGUCCUCUAUGGAGCCGCACAGCAUCAUCAUUGGCUCGCAGUCCGUCAGCGUGAGUCUGAUGCCAGAGCAACCACUGCACGAGCAUCACAUUCAGCAGUCAUGACAAGUCAUUUCACACAUUUCUAGCGGACUUCGGCGUAUGGAUAUGGGGCAAAAUCAUUUAAAAUUAUUUCUGAAGAGUCUGUGGUUGUUUUUUCUUAUUGUGGAACACGUUAAACCUGCACUAUCAGAUGGUUGGAUCCAUGCGCAUGCAGAAGAUAAACUCUUUAAAAAACUCUUCAUUGGUUACAAUAAGUGGUCCAGACCUGUGCGCAACAUCAGUGAUGUUGUUAUUGUCAAGUUUGGCCUCUCGAUUGCCCAGCUUAUUGAUGUGGAUGAGAAGAAUCAAAUGAUGACAACAAACGUUUGGCUGAAACAGGAAUGGAACGAUUAUAAGCUGCGCUGGAACCCCUCUGAGUUUGAAAAUGUGACGUCUAUCAGAGUCCCGUCAGAGAUGAUUUGGGUGCCUGACAUCGUCUUAUACAAUAAUGCAGAUGGCGAGUUCGCAGUGACCCACAUGACCAAAGCCCACCUGUUCUACACAGGAAGGGUGAGUUGGGUUCCUCCAGCCAUCUACAAGAGCUCCUGCAGCAUUGACGUCACCUUCUUCCCGUUCGACCAACAAAACUGCAAGAUGAAGUUCGGCUCCUGGACCUACGACAAGGCCAAGAUUGAUCUGGAGCAGAUCGAGAACACCGUGGACUUGAAGGACUACUGGGAGAGUGGAGAAUGGGCAAUCAUCAAUGCCGUGGGAACCUACAACACAAAGAAAUACGACUGUUGUCAUGAGAUCUACCCGGACAUCACCUACUUCUUCAUCAUCCGCCGUUUGCCUCUGUUCUACACCAUCAACCUCAUCAUUCCCUGCUUGCUUAUUUCUUGUUUGACCGUGCUGGUGUUUUACCUGCCAUCGGACUGUGGAGAAAAGAUCACAUUGUGUAUUUCCGUCCUUCUCUCCCUCACUGUUUUCCUAUUGCUCAUCACUGAAAUCAUUCCCUCGACAUCUCUGGUCAUUCCACUCAUCGGAGAGUACCUGCUCUUCACCAUGAUAUUUGUCACCCUCUCCAUAGUCAUUACUGUUUUUGUGCUUAAUGUGCACCAUCGAUCACCCAGCACCCAUAAAAUGCCCUGUUGGGUCCAUUCGGUGUUCCUAGACCUCAUUCCCCGCUGGCUCUUCAUGAGACGCCCAGAACCUGAGCUGAAGCGCCGCAACACGGCCAAACUCAGCACACCCAAAAGCUGGCUUCAGCAGGAGACCGACAUGGAUGGGCAGAACUGUCAGGACAUGGAGUUCGGGGUGAGAAUAUCGACGUCCAUCUCGUCCCCAUCUGCCACUUCUCUGCAUCUGUCCGACUCGGAGCCUUUACUCCAGAAGUACGAGCUCCAGCAGUUAGGACAUGUGGUGAACCUGUGUCAGUGUCCAGCAAAGCUUACAAACCUCAUGUCAGACCCCAGUUUCAGCUUCUCACCACGUGUCCUUCAAGCCCUGGACGGGGUGCGCUACAUCGCUGAUCACCUGCAUGCUGAGAAUGAAGACUUUUCAGUCAAGGAGGACUGGAAAUAUGUGGCAAUGGUGAUUGACCGUAUCUUUCUGUGGAUGUUCAUCAUCGUGUGCCUGCUGGGAACGGUCGGCCUCUUCUUACCUCCCUGGAUAUCAGGAAUGAUCUAAGUGCUUGCUUUAAGAGCCGUGAUACAGAAUAACAUCAAGAGCUCUGAUAAAGACUUGAAGCCAAGACCUUUUCAGGAACCAUUAAAAAGAUAGCAAACAUUUGUAAUAUAUAAAAAGGUCUUUUAUUGUCUCUUCCUUUGAUUAUAGAUAUCCGCUCAUUCAGGGAUUAUUUGAGGACACAAUUCUUUGUUACAACACAGGAAACACAACUCAGCCCUGGCUGAAUGCCCUGACAUUUACCACUAUCAAACUGCACAGAGUCCUGUCGUUUCCACGCAUAAAGAGCGGGGCCGUCACCACCGCAAUAUGCAAAAUUAACCUUUGGGAAAGAGGCAAACGCUUAUGUGACCCUGAUGGGUGCCAGUUCACUCUUUACCCUUUAUCCAACUGUUCAUUGAAUCGUAGAUUACAUUUCGUGCCGCUUUCAACAGCAAUUAUCUCCAAGGUCAGAAAGCAACUAUUUAUUUAUAACUUUCUCAAGUCUUUGAAAACAGAAUGCUUUUGAUAUUGCAAAGGCCAUGCAAUUAUGAAAGACGGGUCUGUGAACCAUUUGGGUCAAUGAUUUUUAAACGGGACCUGGGAGAAAAAUUACAUUUACUACUUGAAAUUCUGCUUGUCCACUGAACUAAAACACUAUUUUGCCAAACAUGAAGAGCAAUUAAAGCCAAACUAACAACUAGGAUCUUUCUUUAUCUGCUGGAAUCAAGAACGAAUCGUGACAUGAAAAUGUCUCUUUCAGUUGAAUUCAUAAUUAAUGUACAGUAAGCGAGACUAUCUGCCAGUCAUAUCCCUUAAUUUUACAGCUGUGUAAAAACUCCCUAACAGACUACUGAUAAAUGAGAUGACAUAAGCGUUGUCGCCCUCUGCUGAUGGUUGUGUAAAACAACUGAUUUAAGCCCAGGAUUCCCACUGUCAGGAAAUAAACAAUUACAUUUAAAUAAUAAUUAAAAAAGAGAGGUAUUUGAUAAAAGGCAAAAUAAAAAUACGAAAAAUGUAAUUAUUUAAUUAAAAUAUAAGGUCAAAAUAUAUAAAAAUAUUUAAUUGAUCUUUGUGAGGCAAUCUACAGGAAUCUAACUUUAUACAUUUUUAUCUAAUAAUCCAAAUUGAUUGGAAAUUUAUUGUUUAAAAG